CAAUAUUGUCAAAGUGAGCCAUCGCCCUGUUAAUUGUGUCAUGGCGGUUUGUCUUGUUACAAGUUUUUUUGCAAUAACUCUAUAGUUAAUGUGCUUUUUAGCGAUUUGAUCUUUGAUUUCAAAAAAUAAAAUCACGUGAUACAAAAUAGUUAAUAAUGCGCGAAUACAAAAUAGUUGUAUUAGGUAGCGGAGGCGUGGGAAAGUCAGCCCUUACAGUACAGUUUGUACAAGGCAUCUUUGUGGAGAAAUACGACCCCACCAUCGAAGACAGCUAUCGGAAACAGGUGGAAGUCGACGGACAACAAUGCAUGCUCGAGAUUCUAGACACGGCUGGCACUGAACAGUUUACCGCAAUGAGAGAUUUAUAUAUGAAGAAUGGUCAAGGUUUCGUGUUAGUAUAUUCCAUCACUGCACAAUCUACGUUUAACGAUCUGCAAGACCUGCGGGAACAAAUUUUGCGGGUAAAAGACAAAGAUGACGUACCGAUGGUAUUGGUUGGCAAUAAAUACGACUUGGAACCAGAGCGCGUGGUUGGCAAAGAACAGGGGGCGAACCUCGCGCGUCACUUCAACUGCGCCUUCAUGGAGACCUCCGCGAAAGCGAAAAUCAACGUGAACGACGUAUUUUAUGACCUAGUACGACAGAUCAACAAGAAGUCACCGGGCACGCACGAUGUGGGCAAGAAGAAGAAUAAGGUGUGUCGCCUUCUGUAAGUGUUGUGGGCCUUCGACGCGUCUAGAUAUGAAAUAUUAAAUAAUUUGAAAGACUUCUCGUACCCGGAUUUGGCUCUUGACAGUUCCCAAAGUUAACUAGGUCGGGUGUUGAGCAUUGUUGCUUGGCGAGUAUCUAUAGCGUUUUGGAUAUGUGCAUUUGUUGAUAUGUCUCAUGUUCCCAUGGUGUAGCAUGAGUAGGAAAUGCACAGAGUGUCGUUU